AUGAGGUCUCAGAUUUACAGAUCGCUCCUAUCUGCUGCUUUGAAGCGCACCUCUCCUUCCUUUUCAGGAGGAAAAGCAGCUGCAGCUGCUGUAGUUUCAUGCAGAAGAAGAAUGUCAUCUUUAGCUUCAUAUAGUUUAUCGGAGUCGGGAAAUGCAUAUAGAGGUUGGAUAUCUGGAGUCCUUGCUCUGCCUGCUGCAGCCUUCAUGCUUCAGGAGCAGGAAGCACAUGCUGCUCAGAUGGAGAGGACGUUUAUUGCCAUAAAACCAGAUGGGGUGCAGCGAGGACUGAUCUCUGAGAUUGUCUCCCGGUUCGAACGAAAAGGUUUCAAACUUGUAGGAAUCAAGAUUAUUGUUCCUCCAAAGGACUUUGCUCAGAGGCAUUAUCAUGAUCUCAAGGAUAGGCCUUUCUUCAAUGGGCUGUGCAACUUCUUAAGCUCCGGACCAGUUCUUGCCAUGGUUUGGGAAGGCGAAGGGGUGAUCAGAUACGGCCGCAAGCUCAUAGGUGCAACCGAUCCUCAGAAUUCUGAACCCGGUACAAUCAGAGCAGAUUUGGCUGUUGUAGUGGGAAGAAACAUUAUCCAUGGCAGCGACGGCCCUGAAACCGCCAAGGAUGAAAUCAAGCUGUGGUUCAAACCUGAGGAGCUGGUUAACUACACGAGCAACGCGGAGAAAUGGAUAUACGGCGUUAACUGAUUUCAGAGCUUUUGGUGUUUGUUCAAAAUAAAUAGCCUGCCUUGCUCGAAUAAAGAGUGGGGAAGCAAAAGGAAUGAUGUGAAUCUACUUGAUCAAAUUUUGCCGCACUUGUCUUCUUAUAUUAGCAAUUUUACAAGU